GCUGCUGCAAGGAGGAAGAACUGGAAGAAGUUUGGGAACUCAGAGUUUGACCCCCCGGGACCCAAUGUGGCCACCACCACUGUCAGUGAUGAUGUCUCUAUGACGUUCAUCACCAGCAAAGAGGACCUGAACUGCCAGGAGGAGGAGGACCCCAUGAACAAACUCAAGGGCCAGAAGAUCGUGUCUUGCCGCAUCUGCAAGGGCGACCACUGGACCACCCGCUGCCCCUACAAGGACACGCUGGGUCCCAUGCAGAAGGAGCUGGCCGAGCAGCUGGGCCUGUCUACCGGCGAGAAGGAGAAGCUGCCAGGAGAGCUGGAGCCGGUGCAGGCCACGCAGAACAAGACAGGGAAGUACGUGCCACCAAGCCUGCGCGACGGGGCCAGCCGCCGUGGGGAGUCCAUGCAGCCCAACCGCAGAGCCGACGACAACGCCACCAUCCGUGUCACCAACUUGUCAGAGGACACACGUGAGACCGACCUGCAGGAGCUCUUCCGACCUUUCGGCUCCAUUUCCCGCAUCUACCUGGCUAAGGACAAGACCACCGGCCAGUCCAAGGGCUUCGCCUUCAUCAGCUUCCACCGCCGCGAGGAUGCCGCGCGCGCCAUCGCCGGGGUGUCCGGCUUCGGCUACGACCACCUCAUUCUCAAUGUCGAGUGGGCCAAGCCGUCCACUAACUAAGCAGCUGCCACCGCGUGCUCGGCCCAGGACCCUCGGCGACAGAAGGCAGCCUCUGAGAGAGCGGGCUCCAAGGUCAAUAAAAAAGCUCCACUCUC